CACUGCUACUCCCGUGGCCAUGCACCAUUUGAUCGUUGCCUGUGGUCGAGUUUGGACGGUCGACAGCCGCCAAGCCAGAUUGGUGUGUUUCAUCGAAAACAAGUGACCUCUUCGGUGCCCGACCGUUACCUGACCCCUGUUUUUUACGGGGCUACAAUUUGGAGCCCGCGAAAAGUGCUGGUAAAGAGUUUUCAAGGAAUUUAAAUCGCGCAAUCGGAACCGCUGGCAAGAUGAUGUCCCGGAAGCUUUUCGACGAGAGCAGCGCUCUUCAGUUAGAUGGCGAGAAUUCGCCCUUCCAAAUCAGCAACUACGGUUACGGCAAGGACAGCGUUAAGGUGUUGCAUGUUUUCCGUAACGGUGCGGUACACUCAAUAAAGGAGUUUGAAGUGGGCACCAAGCUUAAGCUGCGCAGCCAGAAGGAUUAUCUUGAAGGUGACAACAGCGACAUUGUGGCAACGGAUUCGCAGAAAAACACCGUCUAUCUGUUGGCCCGCAAGCACGGUCUCAAGUCGCCGGAGGAGUUUGGCGUGCUGCUGUGUCACCACUUUCUGAGCAAGUAUCCGCACGUGGACGAGGUGUCGAUCCACAUCGACGAGUACCCUUGGUCGCGGAUGGGCUUCGGUACGGGUCCGUACACAGACUUGCACAACCACGCGUUCGUCUUCACACCAACCGCCAUCCGGUACACGGACGUUACGCAGAAGAGAACGGAAACCAAACCCACCAUCGUGAGUGGCCUGACGGACUUGCGAGUGCUCAAGACGACGCAAUCGGCAUUCGUAAACUUCGUCAACGACGAGUAUCGCUCGCUGCCGGAUCAGCACGAUCGAAUCUUCAGCACGGUUGUCCGCUCGUCCUGGCAGUACUCAACGGUGACCGGCGUGGACUUUGACUACUGUUGGAACAAGGUGAAGCAGUGCAUCCUGAACAACUUUGCCGGGGAAACCGAAAAGGGCAUCUUCUCGCCCAGCGUCCAGCACACGCUGUACCUAGCCGAGAAGCAGGUUCUCGAGACGAUCCCCGAAAUCUCGUCGAUCGACAUGACGAUGCCCAACAAACACUACUUUACGUUCGACUUCAGCCGAUUUCCCAAAGUGAUCAACGAAUCCGAGCUGGGCGAGGAAACGGUCUACACGCCGGUCGACAAACCGGCCGGCAUUAUUUACGCCCAGCUCGAUCGGAAAUCGGAUCAGCACAUGAAAAGUAAACUCUAGGGCCGGGCCCCACCGCACCGCAUGGGUGGUCCACCGCACGGCAUGGGUUAAGUAAACGUAGCUUAAGUGCUUAUGAUGGUCGGGUGUUUACUCUACGAUCUACUUCUAUCGUCGAAGGAAUUGCUAUGGGACUGCAAGAUGAAACGACUCAGUUACUAUUAGUCGUACUUCACGAAUUGAAGUUACUGGCGUCUUAAAUUUAA